CAGACACCGGAUAUAGACCUAUCGCUCCACGCCCAUUUUUUUUUUCCUGUCGCCGCUAAUUCAGUCAAGUCCUAAAGUCCAGUGCUGAUGGAGGCCCCACUGCCCCCCCGUGAGUCUGGCCGGUUCGUGGUGGAACACAGUCAGGAUGUGUUUGUGGAGGAGGAGGGCGUGCGGAGGGUAGCGGAGAUGCUCUAUGCCCUGCGGAAGAGCGAGGACCUCACAGCCAGUGGGUGGAAGAAGGCCAACCCCUUGGCCCCCUCCCCAACCUCCGAUCAUGCCCUGAACUGGGUGUUUGUAGUCGACACAAUGAACUUCUCCUUCUGGCCCGAACGGGAGGACCAGCAGUGUGAGGUGACGUACCGUGGGACCACCUACUACGGUUACAUGACCCUCUGUGCUGCCAUCACCAGAGCAAUGGAAGAGGGUAUUCCCAUCACAGAACCGUCCUAUUUCUCCCAGAUGAGUGUUGAGGAGUUGGGCAGAGUCUUGCGCUCUGAUAACAACACGCCCAUGCCCAUGCUUGAGGAGCGUCACCAGGUCCUCACAGAGGGGGGACGUGUGCUCCUGCAGCACGGCGGGAGCUUCCGGAGCUUCAUAAGCCCUGCCGGUAGAGAUGCGCAGAAGAUGGUGGAGCUCAUUGUAGACAGCCUGCCCUCAUACAGGGACGAGGCCACAUACAAGGGAAAGAGGAUUUCACUCUACAAGCGAGCUCAGAUUCUGGUGGCUGAUUUUUGGGGCAUCAUGGAGGCCAGGGUAGAGGGGGACAUGCCAAACCUGGACAUCCUCACCAUGUUUGCUGACUACAGAGUACCACAGGCCCUGGUCCACCUGGGGGCACUACGCUACUCAGACACCCUGAUGCAGACAUUGAGGAACGGUGAGUUGCUCAGCUCAGGCGACAGGAGAGAGGUGGAGAUUCGUGGCUGCUCUAUCUGGUGUGUGGAGAAGAUCAAGGCACACCUGUGGAGUCUGGUUGAAGAUCGAGAUGGCCAAAGUUGCAAUAUCAACUCUGCCAUCAUCGACUUUUAUCUCUGGCCUUAUGCCAAACAGCACCAUAAAGAGAUGGCCCACAUUCCCAUACACCACACACGCUGCAUAUAUUACUGACAGGCCUACACAGAGAAACAAUUUUUGUGAUUUAAAAAAAAUUAUAAAUGAUGUCCGGUCCUUAAUUUUUAACUUUAUACAAAUAACUUUGGCUUUGGAUCUCUGGCUGAGGAAGACCAUACUAAGACUAAAAUAUAGCCAACAUUUUCAAGACUAUCACAUCUCUUUCUUUCCACAUGCUUUCACAGAUGGACAGGGGGAAAUGUAAAAUAAAUAAUUCAAUAAAGAUUAUUUGCCUGCAGCAGCACAACCCCGCCAUAGAGCGGGGCUGUAGCAGCGGAUUGUGUGUUUUACAACAA